GGCUGAAUUUUCUCUUUGGAAUUAUCCUCACCCUCAAAUGAGGGGUCUGAUCAUUUAUGAUCAGUGUUUCGUGUUACUUAGCCCAUGGUGUCCAUGGGCGGCCUUUGAUGAAAACAAUUUCUCUUUGGAAUAAUCCUCACCCUCAAAUGAGGGGUCUGAUCAUUUAUGAUCAGUCUUUCAUGUUACGUAAUUCAUGGUGUCCAUGGGCGGCCUUUGAUGAAAACAAUGAGGUUUGUGGCUGUUAAAUUAAGAGAACAAAACUAAUUAACGAGCGAAGGGCGAAUCUUACAUUAGUCUUCCGACAUUUUUCCUUAAGUUAAGGGAAAAGAAAAGAAAGAAAUCUGUAAUGGUAGUUAUGAUGACAAAUCAUGACAAGGCAUCUAUGGCGGUAUCGUCCAUUUUUUCCCAAGUUCCUCUGAGGGCCAAGCUCUUAAUGGUCACAUGUUCGAAUGCGACAGAACACUCGAAGGUUUGUUCUGCACAUGUGCCCUUAACGUGGUGAAUUAUCGUUUAUUUUACAAUGUCAGGACCAAAGGCAGUUUGCGUUUUAUUGCCCAAUAACAGCCCUGUGAAAGGUGUAAUCCAUUUUGAGCAGGUGAGUUGACCACUAGCCUUGCACAGGCGCCGUUGCCUCGAUCCACUCCAGUUUCGCCUAAAAUUGGAUUCGAAUGUACACAUCGUACCUUUGGGAGUACACUUUUGGAAUUUCUAGAUUUACAUUUCAGAUUUCGUUGGCCUAACCAUAAGUUAUAAGAGUUAUUUCUCUAUGCCAGCGUGACUGUUCGCCUCGUCAAUUGCUUCAAACGAGAAUUGCACAAAUACCUUUUGACUCCUGCGAAGUGCAGUGAAUCGAUACCCCGAAGCGUUCUAAAUUAAGCAGACAACUCCCUCAAACUCGAACAUAAACUCUACCUAAACGUCAACUAUUUAAUUUAUGCAAUUCGCAAGAGUCAGUCUUCCUUACACCAAAGACACGAGCAAGAUAUCUUAUUGAUAGUGUGACUAAAAGGCUCUCUUUCGGGAGCGUGACGCCCGAUUGGAGUAGGAACCGAAUUACAGAGUGUUCAAUGGAGCUUAUUUAAAUUUGCCAAAGUCUUUGUGAAACAAAGUUUUACUACGGUGAUACACAACCACCGUGAGACGAAGUUUUGCAAUGGCUUGCAAGGGUGGUUCAGUACAUGCUUCGUAGUUGUUGGAGGAGCGGAACAAAUUUGAUUUUAUCAACUGAGUUGAUGUUGAAAGUUGGCCACUGAAAUUAGUUUCAAAGCUGUAGUACCACUUAAAUUGGAUGGCAAGUACAGAUUGGUACCCAUGUACUGCAGUAGUUAACCCUUUUCGCUCGCAAUAUCUAACUAUCAAUUGUGUUUACUGUCUACUAAACAUUUGUCAUAAAGUUUUCCUAAGAAUUUGUUUUUUAACUAAACGGUACCCCCUAAGGUUAUGUUUUUCAUUCUUCUCAUCACUGUUUUGCUCAAUUAUCAUUUAUGCAACAGGACCAAAUUACAAAGGAAAAUACCUAAUAUUGAUUAAUAAAUGCAGCAUUCAGGACUUAAACCUUUCAUUACAAACUAUCAACAGGUGGGAGACACAUGCAAGAUAACUGGUGAAGUAGAAGGACUCACAGAAGGAGAGCAUGGUUUUCAUGUCCACCAAUUUGGAGAUGGCACAAAUGGUAGGUAAUUUUUUGAGGUAAAUGAAAUUUAAAUGUGCUUAAAAUUCAACUAAGAACCCCACUCAUUCAAUCUUGCUCAGGAACCUAGCUAAUUACUGAAGAUGUUCGAAGUGUAACUCUUCUUGUUCCAACUUCUUGUCAAUCUGGUUCAGCAGCUGAAAAUGACACAUAGAAGAACCUUGGGCUCAAAAAAUGAUUUUGUAGUAAAUAGCAGCUGCUGGUGUGAACACAAAACCAUUGUGGGUUUGUAGGUGUAUCAAGGUUUCUGAGUUGUUUUCAAAAUGGUAGUUAGAUCACUGUUUUGAGUCUCAAAAUUCAGUAGGUUGUUAAUUGCUGGAAAUCCUUUCUAUUGGCGAAGACUAAAAAUUUUUACAAAUUUAAAGAUUUAAUUCAUAUCAUUAUAUCAUAAGCUGUUAUCAGAUAGAACAUUUAAUUUUGUUUUAGGUUGUACAAGUGCUGGACCCCACUUUAAUCCAAAAAGUAAAACUCAUGGAGGGCCAACUGAUGAAACACGGUACCAUAACUAACCCUUUGAUCCCUUACAGUGACUGGCAUCUAAUUUCUCCUUACAUUUUCACCUCUGAAUCGAAUAGAAAGGUCAAGAGAAUGAGGCAAACUGUCACCAACUAAGGAAGCUUGUGAUUGUUAAACAAAUCCUACUUGUCAAUACCUUUGGAAAUGUAAAGAGAACAGCAUGGAGAAUAUUAGGGUGAAAAUUGUUAACCCUUUAACUCCCAGAUCAAAUUUGGCAUUCUCCUUACUGUCAGCUAUACAAUUCUUAUAACCCUUUAACUCCCAAGAUCUGAUUGUUAAUUCUGCCCUGUACCUGCCACACAUUUCCCUGUAAAUUAGUUAUGAGAACUUGGUGCUACAUCAUGAUAGCAGCUUCUACCUGAUAAGUUUGAAUAUUCUCAUUACCUGUUUGCUGAAGAAUGUAUGGAUAUUGUAGGGAGAAGUUUUAUGUUGAUCACUUCUGGGAGUGAAAGGGUUAAUGUUAGUUCAAAGAAUUUAGUAUUGGAUCAACUAAUUAUCCCCAAAUUCAUGUUUUUAUUUAUUGUCAUCACUCAUCUGAAGUGAUGUUGUAAGGAGAAAUUCUGUCUUGGUCACUUGUGGGAGUUAAAGGAUUAAUAAUAUUUAUACUAGCUGUGUUUUCAUUUGGGAAGCAGGAGCAUUCUUUGGUUAAUUGAUCUAAUAUAAAGGUCCUAAAGAAAAAAAAUGGGAAAAUAGAUGAAUGAGGUGAUGUUACUGUACAGCAAGCUUUAUUCAACAGACUUACAUUUCAGUCAAUGUAGGAUUUAUCAUAUGGCCAGAAGGGUUACACCAAAUUACUUAAACAAUAAUUUCGGCAAACUCUUAAAAGUGGAUUCUAAUUUGUUUGACUCUCUUAAAGACAUGUGGUUAAGUGCAUUAUUCAAAUUCUAUUGCUUUGAAAGCUGCUCAAAGAAUUUCCUCUGGUUAGGAUUAAAGAUUAUCCAAAGUUGCCAAAUUUGUGUUUUCUAGAAAAAGUGUCUAGCCUAUUACUAGGUUGUAUGUAUUCUGUUAAGCAUAAUUCAGCUCAGUGAUUGAUAAUGUUCCUUGCUGCUUACUUUCCCAUUAGUCACUAUGGUGAUCUUGGCAACAUCAGAGCAGGAAGCGAUGGUAAAGCCAAAAUUGACAUGACGGACAAGCUUGUUUCAGUUGUUGGACCAGAUUCUGUUGUUGGACGUACAAUUGUGGUAGGUAAACCAACUUUUAACUUACUUGUGCCUAAGAUUUUAUUUCUCUAAGUUUUAUAUUUAUGUUUUUUGAUAUUUGAAAUGUAUAAGGGAGAUCAUAUGUGAAAUUAAGCUGAGAUAAAACAUGAAAUUCUCCCUUGUUGUAAGACAUUUCCCUGUUGUAGGUAAUUUGGUUUUAUCAACUGAGUUGAUAACAUGAAUUGCAGUGAGUUCCUAAAGCGGACAGUUUGAGCAUUAGGCUUUUGUGAGAGGUGACUCCUUUCAUUCAUAAGAAAUAAGUGUUUGUCCAGGUAGCUUCUUACUUCACAUUACCUUACUGGUCAAUAGAUAAAUAUUGAAUGGAGAGGUUCCACCUAACUUUGUUCUGGCAAAUGAUGCUUGCCAAUAUGUAAUGUGGGUUGCAUUUCAUGCUAGAAACUUCUGUUUUAUUCAACUUGAUGUUAGGUUCAUGCUAAAAAGGAUGACUUGGGAAAAGGUGGAGAUGAUGAAAGUCUGAAAACUGGAAAUGCUGGUGCACGUGUUGCUUGUGGUGUUAUUGGCAUUAGCAAGUAAACAGUACCCUCAAACAAGGAAUUUGACAACUGGAAAGCUUGUUGUGUUAAAAGAUGAAAUGCUUUCGCACUAAAAUCUAUGUGGUAACUAAAAUCAGACACACAAUAGUCAAUAAAUUUUAACUUAAAGUUUUAACUUGUUGUAUUGUACUCUCUUCAUUCUAACUUACCACUUUCUUCAAGUCCUACUGCACCAUAAAAAUGUCAGUAGCACCACCUUGCUCUAAGAUGUUGCCUUUCCACACGGGCUCAGAGUUACAUGACCUCUGGAAGGAGAUCAAUAUUCACCCAGUUUUGUUUGCUCAUCCUGCAUUGUUCUUCUUGUGCUCAGUCUACUCCUGUAAGCUUUUUUAUUAGAGACAUUGGCAAGGGGAACUGGAAAAUUUCACAACAAUUGUGAUAAAACUUUCCUUGAAUACUGCUUUUGCUAUAAAGUACAAAUACCUCAUAAUUCUCAUUAAGUCCUAAAAGAUAAAAACAUCAUAAAACAGAGAAUGGGUCAGAGGAGAUUCUUAAUUUUCUACUCAGCUGAAAUUUACACCUACGGAUUUGUUUCUUAAUUAAGGCUGAUACUUGCUCCAACCAUCAUUCUGCAUGUGGUUUGAACAACAACAUCAUUUAGCAUGCUAUCAGAUCCAUUUGCCAUGUGAAUAAAAGCUAAAUACUGGUGUGAUAAAUUUCAAAUAUUGAAUGUAUAGUAAGUAAUUGAAAGAGUAAAUUUGAUUGCGUGCUUGUUUCUGUUAAAGGGAAUUUUUCAAAUUCGUAAAAGUGCAAACUUCUUCCUUGGAGUCAUCCCCCUGAUCUCACCUUAACCAUUUUAAUUCACAUUUGUAAGUGGAUAUUAACUUUAAUAAGAGUUUUUCUUAUCAUUGAUAGCACUCAAUAGUCUAGAUGACGGUGGGGUUUUUUCAUAAUCUUCUAUUUGUUAACUCAAGUCCACCCCUCUACCCCUCCUCCUUUCCCUCCCACCCCCUCCCCCCUCCUGUUAGGCUAAAAUUUUUUAUUAGGUCAGCGGUUUGUUUUCACACGCGAGUAUCGAGGCGACAAAGUUAUUGUUAUGCACUUUUCGCGGUCUUCGCGGAAAAGGGUUAUUAAAAAAUAUAUUUGCCCGUGAAAGAUCGAUUGACUUCCUCCUGGUUAUGGCUCAUGCAGUAUGCCACUUAGCCGGUGACAUUCAAGGAACAGUUACAUUUUUCCAAGGGGUAAGAUUUUCGUUUGAAGUGGCUUCACUAUUCAAGAUGACCUCUCCUGUGUCAAAUAAACAUUGUUUGUCAGCUUAAAAAUGCAUUAUUUUAGUAUUCUCAAGACGUGGGAACAAUUUUUCGCGAGGGCUUUGAUUAAAAGUAUUGUAAAAGGUAACCAUUAGAAUGCUUUCAUUCUCACGAUUAACUAAUUAGCUCGAGCUGCAUAUAUCUACUAAAUGGCGUACGGGACAGGAUCCCAUUCAAGUAAGAUUAGGGAGGCUAUAUUUGAAGCUUAGUUAGAGGCAGUGUCUAACCCCUUACCUCAUUCCUCGACUUGAGUGCAGUUUUGAAUUUUUCCGACUUGCAUAGCGUGCAGAAACAGUUUUAAAUGCAUAAGAAUUGCGUCAAAACAAGCUUUUGAGAGUUUACUUCGUAAGCUCGCCUUCAGUCGAUUAAUUAAAAGUUCAUUAACUUAUCUUGAAACUCACAAAAGCGAAAUUAGUGAAGAAGUGUUGACACCAUUGGGAAAUCAACAGAAAUGAAAAGAUGAAAAAGAUCACAUCAGCAAAGCGGUUAAUUUCAAUAUUUAACAUAGGAUUGAGGAAUUGUGAACUCAUUGAGUAAAUUGUUGAACUUUUGUCUUAAUUUUAAGCAACCUGGCGGGCCAUGUGUAAUCAGAGGAAUUUUACAGGGUUUGACGGAGGGACAUCAUGGCAUCCAUAUUCUAGAAUAUGGGGAUAUUUCACAAGGUUUGAAAACAAUGCUCACUCAUUUUUUGCUUUAUGGUUCAAAUAUUUUAAUCAGAUUUUAUGGCUAUCGGAAAAUUUCAAUUUCCUCUCAAAGGAGAAAAAUCCUUAAGGGAAAUGGGACUUUAUUGUUGAAGCACAAGCUUUUCUAAAACAUACCACUCUAUACACUAACAUGGAGUUUUUUUCUAUAUAUAUUUAUAAAAGAAAUUACUCAAAAAUUGUAUAGCAUAUCUGGAUUUUCCUCAAGGUUUGGUGCUUGGAGGGGGAAGAACAAGGAUCAAAGUAUAAGCCAUUUAGUAGUUUUAUUUGUAACUUCUACAAUAUAUUUUUUUAAAAAAGAUUUUAAACUUCUUUUUGACAAGAGUGGAACAGAGAAAAUGUGUCUCCAUUAAGGAUUAAUACCCUAGCCAGUUGUCAUAUCAAUAAAGCAAUACCAGCUGAGAUACAAGGAGAUCCUUGGCAAACUAGCUUAUUUACCAGGUUCAUAUUUUGAUUAUCCAAGAAGUCUUCUUGGUGCUAUUAUACUGUUUGAAUUUUAACUAGGUUUUAAAAUGUAUGUUUUGGUAACUUUUUGCAUCAAUCAUAAUUUAUAUUUCAGGUUUUAAAAGUGCUGGUGCUCAUUUUAAUCCACAUAACAAGACACAUGGUGGACCAGAAGACAACAACAGGUCAGAAUUAUUUUUUUUACAAUCCAUAAUCACAAAGGGGUGCACACAAGGUCAUGCACUUCACAUAAUUAUGCACUUUACACUUGUAAAAAAAUAUGUUGGUCUUGAACAAAUAAAUGUUAUCUCACUGUAGUUGCCACUUUUUAGCUUAUCUCAAGUCAUCUGUGAUCUUCUGGAAUUAAAAUGAUAUAAAAAAAAGAAAUCUUCUGCUGUAAGGGAAGUUAUUCACUGCUGGGAAAGUGGCAAUUAGGCUGAGUCUUUGGGAAGCUAGAUAGCUCCUGCUGGGAAACCUUAAUAUUUUUGGUUUAAUUUCCACUUUUUACCAGACUUGAAACUAAAAUUAUGUUAAUUGUUUUAAUAUUUUUAUAACUUUUGGCUUGAUUUGAAGCAACAGACAUGCUGGGGACCUUGGAAACAUUGAAGCUGAUGAUCAAGGACAGGCAGAAGUCAACAUCACUGAUAGUGUUGUGUCAUUGACAGGGGAAUAUUCAGUGAUAGGUCGCACCUUGGAGGUCAGUGUUUUGUUUUUUGCAAAGUGAAAUUUCAUGGGACUUCAAAACAUUAGGAAAUGUACAGAUAUUUACCUGUGAACACAAAUGCAUUUCUUCCCUUCUCUUCUACCAGCUCUUCUUGGAAAAAAAAAUUAAUAAAGGUAGCCCUAUUGUUAAAGUAUAUUCCUUUUUCUUGAUCCUGCGAGCUAGGAUCAGCAGAAUAUCACAACAGAGUUGAUGGCCAAUCACACAAUGUUGGCUGGCAGUUUUUCAUGGCCUUCAUAAAUCAUGUAAUAAUUGGGGUGUGUGUUGGCAAUCAUAUAGAAAAUUGCUCUUUUAUCUCUCACUAGCAGGUUUGUGAAGGUGUAGAUGAUCUUGGAAGAGGCGGACAUGAAUUGAGUCUUACAACUGGGAACAGCGGUGCUUGUUUAGCUUGUGGUAUCAUUGGAAUUUCAAAAUAUUCAGAGCAUACUAAAGUUUCACCAGAUGAUUCUGUUUAAUCAAGUUAGACAUCACACUCAUAAUUAUGAUGCACAAAAUUUUCAAAUGGUGAGAAAAGUAUUGUACAGUUAUUUUGUUUAUAGGUUAACUGGUUCAACCCAUGUCGUCUCAUCUGGAGCUAAAUUUUUUCUCAGUUCCUUUUUUUUUAAAUUCUCAUGAUGCAGACAACAAGUUUUAAGAUAAUUGCUGCUAUGUUGGAGGAAGUUCCAUUUCUAAAUUUAACCAAUGCAAACAAACCUCUAGGUUCUCUGUGCACCAAACUUUCUUGAGAAAUUGUAUGUGCAGAAAUAGCUUAAUUGGAAAAAAACUUGUAGAUUUAAAUACAAAACACUGCAGUCCCAUGCACGGUGCAUCAAUUUUCCUUUUCCUUACUACCUGGAGUUUGCUAGUAUCAUAUUCCUUGAAUUUGAAUCGAGUCUUCAUUAGUUUUAGUCUUGCUCCUGAUGACUUAAAGGGCAGUGUGAGUCACUAAGUGUGGCAAUUUACACCCUAACAUCAGUAUGCAUAUUCUCCAUACUGUUCUCUAUACAUUUCCUAAGAUGUUGACAAGGAGAAUUAUUUUAAAUCCUUUAUUCUCAUGACCUCAGUUUUUGAUUCAGGAGUGCUACUGUGGGAGAAAUUAUAAGCUAGUCACCAUACAAGCUACUCUAUAUUAACUUCAAUUAAAGAAACUUUUUAACUUUUAAGGAUAAAUAUGAUAUUUUCACCUAAGGUGAUGCUCAUCC